AUUCAGAGCCGACACAAAAUUAUCAGGAACGUAGGCUGGUGGGACGGAUGUAAACAACGAAAAAGAGAGCGGAUAAUUGAUAACAAACCAAGUGAGCGACGUAACCAGUAACUGUACGGAAAUUUUGCACUCCGACGUCGGCCGUUUUCAAUGUCAAACCUUGUCAGAAUAGCUCGACGCAUUAUUGUCAGCAGCCCAAAGCAAUUUCGAAGUAUGGCAAGUGAAUCCGUCGAGAACUGUCCCAGUAGUAAAAGGCCGAGCACCACCAUUGCUGUGGGCCAGAUGCGUUCCACCAAUGACAAAGCUGCAAACUUUUGCCAGGUCCAGGAACUGGUAGCCCAGGCCAAGUCGAAGAAUGUCAGCAUGCUCUUCCUGCCCGAAUGCUGCGACUUUGUAGGCGAAAAUCGCGCGCAGACCCUGGAGCUCUCCGAAACAUUGGAUGGUCAACUUAUGGCUCAGUACAGGGAGCUGGCCAAAUCGAACGAAAUAUGGCUUUCACUCGGCGGAAUACACGAGCGGAACUCGGAGGGAAAAAUAUACAAUGCUCAUGUGCUGGUCAAUGAGAAGGGGGAACUAGCUGCCGUAUACCGCAAACUGCAUCUGUUUGACGCAACCACCAAGGAGAUCACACUACGCGAGUCGAGUACUGUAUCCCCUGGGGAACGCCUAGAGAGGCCUGUGAAGACACCGGUCGGCAUGGUGGGACUACAAAUCUGUUACGACCUGCGAUUUGCAGAGACGUCAAUUCUGCUACGGAAGCUUGGCGCCCAGAUUCUCACCUACCCAGCAGCUUUUACUUAUGCCACAGGGAAAGCGCACUGGGAGAUCCUCCUGCGUGCUAGAGCUAUCGAGACGCAGUGCUUCGUAGUAGCCGCCGCGCAACAGGGAUGGCACAAUAAGAAGCGGCAAAGCUGGGGCCAAAGCAUAAUCGUUGAUCCCUGGGGCAGGGUCCUAGCUGAUUGUGGCACCGAAAAAGAACUGAACCUUGGUACCGCGGAAAUAAACCUUGCGACAUUGGAUUCUCUGUACCAGAGUAUGCCCUGCUUCGAGCACCGACGUAACGAAUUAUACAGCCUGACGGCAUACAAUAUCAAAAGCAAGGAGCCUACUGAAGAUCGGUUCUUUGCCAAGAAUAUAGUGGAUAAACGUACUAUAUUUUACGAGUCGGAAUUCUGCUUUGCUUUUACGAACCUUCGCUGCGUGGUGGACGGUCAUGUGCUGGUGUCUACCAAGCGAGUCACAUCUCGUCUAUGUGGUCUUGACUGCGCGGAAAUGGCUGAUCUGUUUGCCACUGUUUGCAUGGUGCAACGUAUGCUUGAAAAGAUUUAUCAAACCACAUCUGCCACUGUAACCGUCCAGGAUGGAGCUCAUGCCGGACAAACGGUGCCACACGUUCACUUCCAUGUCAUGCCUCGCAGAGAAGGAGACUUCUGCUUUAACGACCAAAUAUACAUAAAAUUGGAUGAGCGAGCAGAGGACAAACCGCCGCGAACAAUCCAGGAUAGGAUCGACGAGGCCCAGAGGUACCGCGCGUUUUUGGACUGCAGCUAGUCCCUCUUAAAAACUCUGCACGAUGUUUUGCAAUAAAUAGAAACCCAUUAACCCACA